GCCCCACCUCCUGUCGGUUCCAACCUGGGUGGAGUGUCCGUGGGGAAAGACAAUGGACGGAAGUCUUUCUCCGUGUUCUGCCACCAGCCUGGCCCCCUUAUAAACCGGCGUCCUCUCUCGAGGGCACACCAGUGGGAGAGCAAGAUGGGCCUCCUGCGGACUCCGCUGUCCCUUUUGCUCCUCCUGCUCAGGGAGCCUGCCUGCCUGAGGACUGAGGACCACCCCCGCUGUCCAGGUAGGGUCCUAGGCUUCACUAGCCUCAAGGAGCAGGUGGCAGUUUGACAACCUGGGCUCUGCAAAUAGAUGCAAAGAGUGCAGAGCUUGGAAAGCUCUUGGAGAACCCAGGGAACUGGAAGCCAGCAAAAUUGUCCUCCUGCCCAGCUGUCCUGGAGCCCCAGGGAGUCCUGGGGAGAAAGGAGCUCCAGGCCCUCAAGUUACCGACAGUGGAGGGAGCAGCUGGGAUUGGACUUCUGGCUGCAAAUCCCUGUUGCUCCGGCCCUGAGUGUCGAGUGGGACUUACAGCAUCUCUGUCUCUGGAUUUCAGGGCAGCCUGGACCCCCCGGCCAGAUGGGCCCCAAGGGCGAGCCAGGAGAUCCAGCGAACCUGCUCCGGUGCCAGGAGGGUCCCAGGAGGUGCCAGGAGCUGCUGAGCCGAGGUGCCACCUUGAGCGGCUGGUACCACCUGUGCCUCCCUGAAGGCAGAGCCCUUCCUGUUUUUUGUGACAUGGACACCCUGGGAGGUGGUUGGCUGGUGUUCCAGAGGCGACAGGAUGGCUCCGUGGAUUUCUUCCGCUCUUGGUCCUCCUACAAAGCAGGCUUUGGGAGUCAGGAGUCCGAAUUCUGGCUGGGGAAUGAGAAUCUGCACCAGCUGACUCUCCAGGGUACCUGGGAGCUGCGAGUGGAGCUGGAGGACUUUGAUGGCAACCGCACCUUUGCCCACUACGGGCCCUUCCGCCUCCUUGGAGAGUCGGAUCACUACCAGCUGGUGCUGGGCAAGUUCUUAGAGGGCACUGCCGGGGACUCCCUGAGCUUUCACAAUGGGAAGCGCUUUUCCACCUACGACGCUGACCACGACACAACGGAGGGCAACUGCGCGGUGACGGUCCAUGGCGCCUGGUGGUACGAAGCCUGCUAUCAUUCUAAUCUCAACGGACCCUACGCGACGUCCCCCACCACUGCCCACAAGUACGGCAUUGACUGGGCCUCAGGCCUUGGCGUGGGCCACCCUUACCGCAGGGUUCGACUCAUGCUUCGCUAGGGCGCCCUGGCAACCAGCACUCUUAUCUCUCCGGAGCAGCUUCCGGAUGCUCGGCUACUUCUCCCCCUGGCUAACUGCCUCUGCUCUCCCGUCCACAUUUUAAAAUAAAAUCAUUUUAACCCUU